ACACACGAGGAGGUAGGUAGUCGGUGUAAUACACAUUUACAGCAAAUGAUAGAAUAGAGUAGAAAAAACAACAUAGCGUAGCUGGUGCUGGGUUUAUGUAAACGUUGCCUUCGUUGAUAAAUCCAUUCUGGUUGGUUUUGGCCGUGUAGUGGUUUGGCUUUUCAGCACACAUAUGUAAACGCGUGUCGUGUGAGCCUGAAAUACCAGCAGAAAGCAAGCGAGCGAGAGCUCUCUCACACUGAUAUUUUUGUUACAGAGAAAAAUAUACAUUAAAAUAAAAACCCGUAGACAAUUUCAUAGAAAGAACCAACAACAUCUCUAGUAGCCUGUUGUAGUCGUUGUAGUUUACUUUUUUUUAUUGUUUUCUACUGCGAGCUAUUUUCUUUUCCCAUAUUCAAAACAAAUAGAAUCGAAGAAAAUUUAUUCUCAAAAUUCAAAACCAGUUAGCGAACAUUGAUUGUUCAUAAUAAAGUGAAUGAGAAAAGACAGCACACCGUACUGUAAAAUAUGUGGAUUGUGUGUAGAAAAUUGAAUUGAUUCAUAAUACUUAGUGUGGGAUAAUCGAAUAGAGGAACGAGAAAGGAAAAAAAAGAGGAGAACACACAACAGUAUUUUAGAAAAUUUGCAUUCGUUAAAAACAUUCGACGGCAUAUAUCUCGUCGUCUGUGCGAUGAGUGUUUUGAGAUAGUUCGUGUUGUGUGCGCUUUGGAUAAAGCAAUUUCACUAAUUAUUGCUAUCACCUGAAUUAUUCAUACGGUUUCAAAGGCAAAUUACAACAACAUCCACAAUAUUGAAAGAAAAAAAAAAAAAAAAUAAAAAAUAUAAAAAAAAAAAAAAAAAAAAACUAAAAACGAGAAAAACAACGAAGCAACAAAACGAAAGAGAAAAAUUAAAACGAAAUCAAAUUGAACAGAAAAUAAGAAAGAAAUAAAAUAAAAAUUUGCAUACAUUCGCUUGAUUUUUGGCACGCAUUGGAUGUGUUUGUGUGUAUCGAGUGUUGCCUUUUUUUGGCGAAUAUUGGCGACGGGCACCAAUUAAUUCAUGAAUUAAAUGGAUUUCUCAAUAAAAAAAAAUAUGAUACAGAAUGUGACGUAUGAUUCCAAGAAAAGUAAACAGUGAACAUUGGAUCGCAUUCGUUGUCUGUGUGUGAGGUGAAAAACAAAUAACGAGUCACAUAUUAAUGGGCAACAACAAUAUCAGUGUGUGUAAAAUACCAAGACCGUGCAGUGUUCCAUGCGAUGUGUGUUAACGUGCGAGAAACAAUAUUCAAGCGAAAAAGAAAAAAUACCAAGAAAACAAGACUCACAUUAUUAUUUCAAUAGCAACGAAUCGAAAAAGAUAGAGUUACGCAUCGCAGGACGAAAAUAGGUGGAUCAUUUGAAUGGUGUAUUGGCCCAGGUUGCCAAUUUCAAGGCGAUUUUUGUUCUCGUCAUUUGCCAAUUUCAAAGCGCUGUUUGACUUCGAUAUGCAAACGGUUUCAACUGUCAAGAAAAGCAACGGCAUAAAACCAAGUUUUUAAUACGUCAAUUAGUUGAAUUAAUUCGGACGAUUUUAAAUGAAGUUAAAACAAAAGAAGGAGCAAACAGAAACAGCGACGGUCACCACAAAAAUUUGCUAUCAUUGAUACUAUGCACCUAAGAUAUCACCUUGAAUUGAUGAUUGUGAAUGCAUAUCGUUUCACUGGAAAUACACAACAACAAAUCGAAAGAGACUUGAAUUUGAAGCCAGUUAGUCCAUUCGUUCGAAAAAACCGAUUCGGUGUUCUUUUUUUGUGUGUAUGUUUUGGAAUUCCGAUGCACAGAUUAGAAGCAGGAGAGUGCAUAUAUAUCCAACAAACACAUGUGAGUGCCGGUUUUUGAGUAAAACCAAAUACAGCUAAAAACCAACACAACAAACAAACGAGUAAACGAGCGAUCGAUGCAAGGCAUAGAACGGAAUGAAGAAUUGAUAAAAGAAAGCAAGCAACACAGAACACUAAGUGAGACGACGACGGGAAGGAAAGAGAAAACAAGCGGACCAGAAGAACGCUCAACACAAAACAGAUAGCACGAAAUAAACGACGCAUAUAAAAAAAACAUAUUCUCCGUUGUCGUCAUCGGGCUGUUUUUCUGUUUAUACAUAUACUAUUCCCGUUUCGAUAAGUCUCAUUCAUACACCCGGCCGUGUACCAUUGCUUGAGCACACUGUGGCUCUGUGCACGGAGAACGACAAAGAGAGAAAGAGAUUGAGAGAAUUUGAGCGAAAAGAAAAAUAAAAGAAGAGAGAAAACAUAAAAUAAAGUAACGAAAAGAAAACCAAGAGCAUCCCAAGCCCAACACAACACAACACAAUCAACAUUGAAACGAUACGAACCCAGCAUAAAACGCAACAACCUCAAAGAUAUUUACACUUACUUCAAUUUGAUUAACAUCUUCUCUGUUUUUUUUUUUUUUAUUAUUAACUCAAACAUCAUACACAAAUACACAUCAUUCGUGAAGAAUAGUGCACAUAGCAUCACCAUAAGCAGAAGCAGCAGCAUAUUCAUUCAAUGCAAGUCCGUGGUCGAGUAUAUUGUGCAUCCACGAAGAUCCUCUCCAUUAUCUCGGCAGACGACCAGUACAAACAGUUUUGUAUUUUUUUCGAUGGUAGUUUUAUUUUUGUUCAUCAUUGUUGUUACUUCGGCCGCUAUUGAGUGUAUAUUUUGUGUACCAGUGCUCCGAAACCAGUGUAUUUCUCUCUCUUUUUAAGAAGAUUUUUGUCAGACCAAACAUACACUCACACAAAUAUUAACAACACAAUAUAGUUUUGAAAAAGCAACAGGCAAAGCACAGUUUACAAUCCAGAGAAAUAACAAUCCACACAACAACGAACGGCAAAACAACGAGAGAAGCGUAGAGAAACGAGAGAAGAGAGAAACAGACAGAAAAAAAACCAGGCGAGUAAAGUGAAGAGAAGCAGCAGCAAAUAAACAAGACAAACAACGAAACAUCCAAACUGAGAGACUGAGAGCAAAAGAGAUAGAGAAGACGAGAUCGACGAAAAUACGAAAAAAAGAGAGAGAGAAGACGAUUAUGUUCGUAGCUAAUUCUUAGAAUCAAAACAUUACCGUACAUCAACCAAAUACAAUUUACAAUACAUGCACAUUUUUACAAGGAAACUGAAGACAGCGCCGAUUCAGUGCAAGCGAGAAAGCACCAGCACCGCACAACAGCACCACCAGCACCGAACAUACGAACCAAAUCUAUAAAAUUCAUUAAUAAAGCACACGGACUCUCUUAUUUUGUUCAAUUUGUUUUUCGCCUGAUUUCUAAGUGGUUUUUUCCCCCUAUCUCUCGAUACGGCGAGUGUGAAAGUGUUAUGAAAGAAAAAAAUAAUUAAUCAAAAUAGAAGAAGAAAAGAAUCUAAAAUAAUAAAAAUAACUGAGACAAAAAGAAAAAAUAAUAUUGUAAGAUCUAAAAUAAACAUCGAAAUUUGUGAGUGUCGCAAGUGAUAUGUCAAACACACUCGAACAGUAUGUGAAUACACACAUUGUAGAAUUGAGUUAAUUAUUGAAAGAUCACAAAAACAAAUGAUUAUCAGUCCGUCAAUUGACAAAUGUAUGCAACGAACGAUUCAAUCGGCACACAUUAAGUUUAGUGACAGAAUCGAGAAUCUUGACUAGUAAACACGUUGUGUUCAAGUGUUUCAAUACAAAUGCAAUGAACGAUUUCAUGAACGAUUCAGAGUAAACAGUUGAUCAACGUUUGAUUGAAUCAGCAGCAAAAUUCCCGGAAUUCGGUUUUACACAUACAAAAAAUAAGAAGAAAAAAAUAAAACAUACGCAUUGUGUACACGGCGCCAAACACGUGAGUGAAUUGAAACGGAGCAAAAAAGAAAUAAUCAACAUUGAACAACAAAUAAAGACGAAAAGAACCCAAGAAGAACUUUCUGUGUAUUGAAUUAUUGAUUAAGUGAAAAUCCACGAAACAAGUGAAAUGCCUGACCACAAUGGGAUCAUCAUCAUCAUCAUCAAAGACGUGUGUACAAAAUUGACAACCUUCAAAUCCACGUAGAGAUUUUGUUUUUCACCCUCGCUGCACCGAAACCCACUUACAGAAGUCUGACUAUUUCUAAUUUUAUAUCUAUUUCAUUUGAAAGAGAGAAAAAAAACAAUUCAUAAUUCACCAAAAUGAUGGAGAAAUAUAUUUUGGGACUGCUAGUUCUAAGUUUAUUUAAAAUAAAUGAAGUCGUUUCACUGGGUCACAUGCACCCGGUGGGCAACAUCAUACAGAAAAAAGGCGAAACAAUUGAAAUCAAUUGUACACUGGAUUCGUCGGACUACACCAUUAAUGAUUUGAAAUUUUCGUUUCAAGAGCGCGGCGUCGAACCAGACAUUAUCACGAAAAAUCGUAAUACAAAAAUGUUUCGAAUUGUAAAUGCGCCCAUAAUGGACACACACGUCGAUUGUAUGGUCAAUAAAACGGGCAUCAAUCGGGUGACCAUUAAUGUUGGCACGGAACCGGUUAAAGUGAUUGAUUUCAAGUGCAGGUCAUCCAAUUGGGAAAAUUUAACAUGCAGCUUUGAACGACCGUAUAAUCCAGUGCCCGUCAAUUAUACGCUAUUAUAUACCAUUGGAAUUGGAAGUGAAAACCCCAUUUUUCGCAUACCGACCAAUCCAUGCCGUUUGAAUCCAAAUUAUAAUCGCAAAUUCACGUGUGCGAUAACAUUUGAGAAUGAGCCACCCUAUCGACAGGCCUAUGACUACUACUUUUUCCGAUUAAUUGGAGACAAUCAACUCGGUAAUUUGACCGAAGACUUCACCAUUUAUCACUACAAUAUGAUGGUUCCAAAUCCGCCUGAAAGUUUACGUGAAACAAAUAUCACAUCAAAUUCCGUGAAAUUAAAUUGGGAUAUUCCAUUGUUGUUGCAGAAUUUCCCAAAGCAAUUUGUCUACAUGAUUAACUAUACAAAUGAGUAUCACAAGGAUCAAUGGAUAAAAUUGGGUCCAUUCCGGGAACAGACCAAAAAUGAACGUGAGCGUUUACACAUGUGGCAUGCAUUGACAAAUCUGCCAUACGCACACACGUGGUAUGACUAUCGAAUAUCAUUGAAAGUCGACGAUGCCGAAGACAUACCAGAAAUGUGGUCUAUUUACAAUUCGGGUGUAUUCAAAACGGAAUCCCGUAUACCCGACAAACCACCACUAACCGACAUUGGAUCAUUCAGUUUCACCGAUAGCGGUCACGUAUUUGUCUACUGGAAAGAACUAUUGAAAUUCGAAAACAAUGGACCAAACUUAAAGUAUAUUGUUAUCGAUGCAAAUGACACACAGAUUGUGUCGACACGAACAUUGGCCAAAUUGGAGUACAUCGAUGCGAAUAUCAUGACAAAACCACUGAAUUUCCAUAUACACAGUCAAAAUGAUGUGGGCAAAUCGAUCAAGUAUAGCAGUGUACUUGUGCCAGCCGUUAAAGAUCGAUGCGAACCACCGACACUCAUCAAAAAGAUUCGUUUGGAUAAUAGAACGUAUAAUAUAUCGUGGGUGGCACCAAUUAAAGGACCAAAAAUAACAAGCUACACGAUUUUCUGGUGCGAACCAAACAAUGAAUCACCGAACGAUUGCAAAGGCUCAAUUGAUUUCGAACGAAUUAGCAGUGAUGUGCUAAGCUAUCGACUUGAAACCAAUAAUUCCAUGAAUUUUGCCAUCUCAGCCAAUUCGGAAUCGUCGAGUUCGGGUAUGAUAUGGGCAAUGUGCACCGUUUUACCCGGCAAUGAAAUCAAUAAAUUGACAUCGAUAAUUACGGUAAAGGUGCAGGCAACAUCCAUUGAAUUCAAAUGGAGUUUGGCCUGUAUCGAUCGAACCAUUUUGACCGGUUACAUUUUGGAAUAUUGCCCAAUCAAAGAUCCAAAGACGGAAGAAUGCAAUGAAACCGCGAAAAGUGUCAACAUUUCGGCCGAAGCAAAAGAGUAUAUACUUGAAGAAUUAAAGCCGUACACCACGUACAGUGUACGCAUCCAAAUGCUGUCGGAAUAUUCGAAAGGACCGUGGAGUGAUUCACAAGUGAACACAACACUUGAAGCAGCACCAUCUCCACCGCGAAAUUUAAGACAGCACAAUAUCACCAAUUCAUCCGUUGAAUUGACGUGGGAACAACCCGAAGCUCUGAAUGGCGUUCUACGGCAAUACAAACUCUCAUACAAUGGCAAUGUAUUGCUGGUGGACAAAAAUGAGAGCACACAACAGUCGUAUUUGUUGAGCGGUUUGGAUAGUUUCACCGAUUAUGAAGUCGUUGUUAAGGCAUGCACCAAUGUUGCCUGUUCGCCGUCAAGCAAUGCCAUUUCAUUCAAUACCACCAUUGGCAAACCGGGAUCAAUCCAUCAGCCCAAGGUGAUAAACAAUGAAUUGCGCUGGGAACCGCCAAAUGUAAAGGGUGGCCGAUUGGAGUAUUACGAAUUGUCCGUUAUAUACACCAACAAUGGCAAACAGGAAAAAACGAUACCAAUCAACAGUACCAAGUGCAAAUUUACCGAUGAUUUCCGUAACAUUCUGGUUGGUAAGUUGGACUUUUCCGUGCGGGCCGUGAAUGUGUUGCAAUCGUCACAUUACAAAGGUCUCGUCUAUCGAACGAAACGUGAUUUGGCUCAGAAAUACAUUGAUAUUGAAUCGGAUCACUCGAAGAGUGAGAGUAAUUUGUUGAAGCGACACUCGAAACCAGAAAUUGAUACCGAAUCGAAAGCCUAUAAUUUGAAUCACAAAAUUGAAGCCAUUCACAAACCAACCGAAACCGAAAUUAAUGACGGCGUUUACAAGCAUCGCAAUGAUGCAUUCAACGUUGAUCUGGCUCGGAUUAAAAUUUGCGAAGAAGAAGAUGAUCCAUUGUUGAAAGCAUAUUUAGAUGCCGACAGAUGGCCAACACUGUUCAAAGGGCCAUAUUCCGUGUCAUACACAUCUCAAAUGAAUAUUAAUUCCAAAUCGAGCGGCUAUUACUUUAUGCUAGUAUUUUUGAUCAUAUUCACCAUGGCUUUUGUUUAUGGCACAUUCUUUGCAAUGAAAAAACUCAAGCGAAUGAAGGACAUUAGUGUGGAGCUACCCGAAGGUUUGGAAGAUAUUAAAGAGGAAAGCAAAGCCAAACAUCUGGACGGUGGUAUUACACGUGACGAAUUGGGACGAACAUUGGACUAUGUGACCAAUAACGAACAAGAAAAUGACCCAUUGGUUCGAUUCCGCAUGGAAUCAGCCAGCACCAGCAGCAGCGAGAGCAACAGCCAAUCUGAAUACAACGAAGGUAUAGACAAUUCUAUCGAAUACGAACAAAAUACCGAAGAAGAAAGCGUACGCAGCGUUUCGGACAAUAUCAACACUCAGGCGAAAAAGUCGCCACCGACUCCACUAAUUCCAGUGCAAAAAAGUCAAAUGCGAGAGGGUGGUAUCAUUCAAAAUCCAACGCCUCCAUCACCUUUGUUACAAAUGUCACCCGAUAAUCGUCGUCUACACGAUUCACAUAAUAAUCGAGACAACCACUUUGCUCCCCGUCAAAUAAUCUCAUCGCCACCAUCACCGCCGAUGCUCACAUCCAACGGCUAUGUCACACAUGAAGCCAUCAUCGGGAAGCCGGCCGUAUCAUCUGGAUACACACCGUGGAGUGCAGUUGAUUCAAGGCAACGAACUGAACAGCAGAAUCCAACGCACACUGAAGACAUGAAAGCGAAAACGCCGAUCAUUACGUCAACCGACAUACAAGGCAUAUCAGGUUAUGUGACUCACAAGCAGCUAUCCGACUUCGGCCAAUUAAUGCAUUAAAUAAUAAUUUGAUGAUCUACUCUUUGAGAUAAUAAUAUUUAAACGAGAAAAACACACACAUAAAAAGAAAAUGAAAAGAAACAAAAAAAAUAUAAUAAAUAUUUUCACUUCAUAAAUGCAUAUGCUUCAAUGUUUACUAAUAAUUUAAUAAUUUCUUGUGAUAAUUGUAUUUUUUUUAAAUUAGGAAACAAAAAAUGAAAUAUGUUUUUAAGAAUAUAAGAAGAGAAGUAACAAACAAACAAACAAUGAUUAGAUAAAAACAAAACAACUGAUUGACACAAUAUUUUAUGUUGUACGUUGUGUAAUUAAAUUUACAGAAUAUUGAAAAUCGUUGAACAAUUUCUGUGGAACAAAACAAGCACAAGUGCCCCGCAUUCAACAAGCUAGGAUUUUCUGGAUGUGUGAAUGAUUUAUUCGAGAAGCUUACAAAGCGAAAAUCGUUAAAACAAAAAAUGAAAUUAAAUCCAUUUUUUUUUUUGUUCUAUUUUUCACCAAGUUAAGAGUUAUUUAAAACAAAAAUGCAUAUAUGUAUACAAUUAAAAACAGCGUACAAAAAAAAUUCCGCUGAUUACAGAGAAAGAAACAAAUAGGAAGAUCUUGAAUCACGUCCAUUAAAAAUGACUUAAUAAAGAAAUAAAACAGAUAAUCAAAA